AAGACAUAUCAUCCAAAGCCCCAAAGUACUAUCCAAAGCCCCAAAGCAUCAUCUAAAGCCCAAAGUGAAUCAUCUAAAGCCCCAAAGCUUAAAGCAAAUCAUCCAAAGCCCAAAGUACCAUCCAAAGUCCAAAUGCCCCAAAGCAUCAUCCAAAGCCUAUGUGAACCACUUAACAAGAAUGGUUGUAG